UUCUCCCUCUGUAAAACCCACCUUCUCGAUCUCUUUUCCUUCCAUUCUACCCUCUCCCAAAUGUCUCAAGUCUUCUCAAAAUCCCCCAAACACUGCGCCGAACGACGACGUUUCACCAUUUCCAAAUCCCACAAGAAGCUCUUCUUCGCUUUCUCUUCCUUUUUGACCCUCCUUUUAGCCUUCAUCUUCCUCAUCUGGCUAACCCUUCACCCUUCCAAACCACAGUUCUCUCUCACUCAAGCCGAUAUCUAUCAACUCAGCUUAACUCGCCCUUCCCUUCUUAACUCAUCCAUCCAACUCACUUUCCUCUCUAAAAACCCAAACAAAAGAGUCGCCAUUUACUACGACCAGUUACAAGCUUACGCUUCAUAUAAAGGUCAACAAAUAACUGUUGAUACCACUCUUCCUCCGUUUUAUCAAGACCAUGAAGAAGCCAACUUGUUGACUGCGUUUUUACAAGGAACGGCCUUACCGGUGGCUCCGUCUUUUGGAUACGAAGUUGGACGUGAUCAGAUCGCUGGUAAGAUAGUUUUGAGCUUGAAAGUUAAUGGGAAACUCCGGUGGAAAGUCGGGAGUUGGGUUUCCGGCCGUUAUCGAUUCAACGUUAACUGUGUGUCUAUUAUAGCGUUUGGACCUAAUACUGCCCCAACGAGUCCAUUGAGUUCAAAUCGAGGGACUCAGUGUUCCACUACCGUGUGAGAUACUUUUUCACAUGCAUGGUGGAAGAUUUUAAAAAAGAAGAUGAGGCACUAGCUUUGCUUUUUAUUCGUGGAAAGAUGAGGGAUUGUGUCACCUUUGCUACUUUGCUCGUUCCUCGUUCACUGAGCUUAAAAAGAGUUUUAAUGGUGGAUGAGAUUCUAAUCGAAAAGGGGCAAAAGAAAGGCUGUAAUACGAUAACUUUGGUGGUUAAGGAAUUAUCAAAUUCCAUAUCAACCCUUCAUAUUAAAUAAUUUAUGGACAAUUCUCGGCUGUUAUUAGGAUGUAAAAAUCGAGUGUGCUUACGAUGAAUUAUUUAUUUUUAAGCUAA